AAAAGCUCCUUUGCUUCAUAACAACUCCACAUGCCAAUUUCGUGUUUGAAUAUGAAUAUUAAAUAUUUGGAUUUUGAAUACUUCUAAUUUAUCUAAGGAAUUUCACUUAAUAUAGUAUAAGCAGAUCCCUGCUAAUUGGGAUAAAUCGAAUAAGUCAAGAUAUGUCCUUUGUUGGCUGCUUAUCUCUGAGGUUCUUUGUAGAGGAAAACUGGGUUACUCCGUAUACCAAAUGACCAACAACUGCAUGUGUGAAGAUGUUAGUGCUACAGAUCAUCAAUGUAGAUGUAGAGGAGCAGAUUUCGUUGAUAUACCACAAAAUUUAACUAAAAGCCUGAGUAUUUUAUCGAUCCAGGAUGCUGGCUUAGAAGUACUUAAAAGCGAUUCUUUGAUAAAAUAUGCAGAAACUCUUCAUGAAUUAAACAUGAUAAACUUGGACAAGUUUUACCACAUCGAAACCGGCGUCUUUCGCAACUUGGUUCAAUUCCAAACUUUAUAUAUAUACAGUGCCCCCAGAUUAAAGAAGAUUCUUCCAGAGGUCUUUACCGCUUAUCUACCGAAAUUCAAAGUAUUGCGAAUUAUGUACACAGGGCUUCAGCACGUCCCAAAUUUGAACGGCCUAAAUUUAAGCUCGGCUCUGAAUAUGGUGGACUUGGACCAUAACAAAGUCAGGAAAAUAUCAUCUAGGGACCUCAAUGGCAUUGCUAUAAGCCAACUGAUAUUGAGCUACAACGAGAUAGAAAUGGUACAAGAAGAUGCGUUUAUGGAUUCACAAAUUGCUUCAAUAACUCUUCGGGGUAAUACUAAGUUAAAAGUGUUACACAAAAAAGCUUUUCGAAAGCUGCACGAUCUUAGAAUGAUAGAUUUGUCUGACACAUCUAUAACUACGCUUCCUACUGAAGGCUUACAAGAUAUUGAUAUAUUAAAAAUUGAAAAUAGUUAUUCGUUGAAAGUAUUCCCUUCAGUAUUUAAUUUUAAGAAUAUAAAAGAAGCGUGGCUUACUUACCCUUACCAUUGUUGUGCUUUCAUGUACCCUACUACCCAUGGUGAAUAUGAAAAGCAUAUACAAAGCUUACUGCAGCUCCAGGAAGCAUGCUUAAAAAACCAAUCAACACUUAACAGUUAUCCAAUUGAUUAUCAGAUUCCCAAAUUUCCGAGUUGCACAGACUCGGAUUCUAUGUGGCAUAACGAAGAGGUGGAUCACAUUUUUGUCAAACAUGACUGCGACAUUAGCCAUGAGGUGUUCUGUCAAGAUUUUAAAGAGGUCAUGUGCUAUCCAAAGCCCGAUCCGUUCAAUCCAUGUGAGGAUCUUAUGGGUAACUGGGGCCUAAGAAUUCCGGUUUGGAUCAUAGCACAUUCAGCUGCCAUCGGAAAUCUUUUUGUACUCCUAGUUAUAGCAACGUCACAUUUUCGUUUAACUGUUUCAAAGUUUCUUAUGUGUAACUUGGCUAUAGCAGAUUUAUGUAUUGGGGUUCAUUUACUCUUAUUGGCUGGUAUAGAUGCGCAUUCGAUUGGCGCAUAUUUUAACUUUGCCAUAGACUGGCAGGAAGGAUAUGGAUGCAACGUGGCUGGCUUUUUAACAACUUUUGGGAAUGUUCUCUCGGUGUUUACUCUAGCAGUUAUAACGUUGGAACGUUGGUGUACUAUUACUUGGGCAGCACAUUUACAUAAACGUUUGAAAAUGCGCACUUCAGUGAAAAUAAUGAUAAUAGGAUGGAUAGCAGCUAUAAUAAUGGCGUCAUUACCACUACACGGUAUUAGCAGCUAUGCUAGGACAAGCAUAUGCCUUCCACUAGAAUACAAGAACCAUUGGGACGCUAUCUACUUGGCUGCUCUAUUGAUGAUCAAUUGUUCUGCCUUCACUAUCAUCUGUGUUUGUUAUGGGAGCAUGUAUAGAACCAUUAGAUCAGGUACUAAAUCAGGAAUAGCCAACUCAGCACGAAACGACCAAACAGUAGCCAAAAAAAUGGCCCUGCUAGUGUUCACAGAUUUCGCCUGCUUGUCUCCAAUUGCAUUUUUUGGUUUCACCGCUUUACUGGGCUAUCCCCUCAUCACAGUUACCCAAACAAAGAUUCUUUUGGUGUUCGUCUACCCGCUUAACUCUUGUGCCAAUCCUUGCCUGUAUGCCAUUUUAACACAACAGUAUCGCAAGGAUUUCUUCAUACUUUUAGGUCGCUUAGGAUUAUGCAAAGAGUACGCGCAGUACAAUAGAGGCGCUAUAAGAGGCAGGCCACUUCCAUAUACAACGAAGUUUCAAAGGCCUAAUGGUAUGACCAGAAGUGUGAGUAGCAAAAGCAGUAGUCACGUUAAUAGAAACUCACUGGUAACCACUGUGAGCAAUGUGAAUGUCGAGAUUCCUUUAACUAGUUCGGGAAAAUGUCGAGACAAUGAGUGUAAAAAGAUGGAAUUUAAUUCUGUCAAUUUGUAAAAUCUGAUAAGGGUUCAAUUAAGAAAUUAAGGUUAUAGAAAUAGCUUUUAGUCGAGAGAGUUUGUUUUCAUGAACAAAGAGGGGAGAGUCAAGGUUAAUGGAGAAGUCUGUCUGACAAUAUGUUUCCUGCAGGAAAAGAAGAAUCGACUUUUAGUGACAGGGCCAGGUUUAUGUUUAGCAGAACAAAACAUGUAAAUACACAUAUAUUAUUACAUACACUCUUAAAAUUAAAAAUUAAUUUAAAAAUUGUGCCAAAAUGUAUCUUAUUACCCAAGUUACGCUAAGCCAAAUGCGAAAGUCGAGCAAAGACGCGAAUUAUUUCUGUGACCUCGAAAAACUGGUCUCAGAUAAACCACAUGGAUGACUAGUAGACUAACCUGGGAAAAGCGGUUGCAGACAAACAGAACGUACAUCCUUUAAAAAGAUUUUCUUAUAUUAUUAGUAAGUUAAGAGUAUUAUAUUGUGUGUUCCGUCAAUUGUGAAAUUUAUAUUAUUCAAGUAAUGAUUUAAACUUGUAAACGGUAUAGAAAAAUAAAUUGAUAAUUAUUAUAAAAUUUA